AUGGCUCCAUCGGUAUGAUUGCCCACCCACCAGCUUCAAUCUAUCCCGCACCUGGAGCACUAAUCAUGGCCCCCCUUCCCUGCACCUGCAGAACGAUAAGAAGAGCCUCAAAGACGUCGCGAAGGACACCAACCCUUCGCAGCUCGGAGAUCCCGUCUCGCUCAAGGCCGAGACAUCCAACACAGUAAAGACAACCCCCCCCCUCCACACCCUACCCAACCCGCAUCGCAAACCACCAAAACACAUACUGAAAUGAGAUUGGUUCGUCCGUCCAUAGGAACCUACAGACGACGAUCGAGGCGCCAAGAAGAACGAAACGGAGGGCGGCGACAACAAGUCGCUGAAAGAGGUCGCGCAGGACAAGAUGAAGACGAACCCGUCGCAGUUGGGGGAUCCGGUGUCUCUCAAGGCGGAGACGUCGGAUACGGAGCCGACGGAGCAUGAUCGGGGUGCUUUGGGGACCAGCAGCAAGAGCAGUGGGAAGCCGAAGAUGUGA